CUCGCGGGACCCGGCGCGCGCGGGGGUGGCCGCGGCCCCUCAGCCCGGCCCGCGAUUCCUUCGCGGCUGGAGCCGCUCCGGAGAGCGCUCCUGGAACAGAGGAACAGAUCCAGUCCUGCUAUUGCCUCAGCCCGGAGAGCGCUCCUGGAACAGAGGAACAGAGCCAGUCCUGCUAUUGCCUCAGCCCGGAGAGCGCUCCUGGAACAGAGAAACAGAGCCAGUCCUGCUAUUGCCUCCGGCCGGGAGCUCUGGGUCAGCUUCCCUGGAGCAUCCGGAAGAGGGGACUCCUUCUCCAGACCGCGUUUCGGAGUGGGAGGGGGAAAUAAGGCUUCUUCAUGGCAGUGCUAGAUCCUUUAGAGAACAACUUGUUUGAUCUUCCUGAUUAUGAGAACACAGAAGACGAAACAUUCCCACCUCUUCCACCUCCUGCCUCUCCAGGAAGAGAUGAUGCAGAAUGGGCUCAGGCUAAUGGAGAUCCAGAUGGAAACCAGCAGUCCCAAACAAAGGAUUCUGCUGUGACCACACAGAAGGCAGUAAAAAGACCAAGGCCUAAAUUAGAUGCCCAAAGGUUAAUUUCAGAAAGAGGGCUUCCAGCUCUGAGACACAUGUUUGACAACGUCAAGUUCAAGGGCAAAGGGCACGAGUCUCCCUUCUCUGUCGGCUGUAGCAGCUGGGUGUUGUGUUUCCUGCUCCAGGCAGAGGACCUGAAGACACUGAUCCAACAUAUGGAGCACUGGGCUCACAGACUGUUCCCAAAACUGCAGUUUGAGGAUUUUAUUGACGUAGUGGAGUCUUUGGGAAACAAAAAGGAGGUUCAGACCUGCCUCAAGCGGAUUAGACUUGAUCUUCCUAUUUUACAUGAAGACUUCAAAAAUAAUGAAGAAGGAGAAGGGGAAAGCAAUGGGCUGGAUGCAGCUGCUGAAGAUGCCCAUUCCCCCUCUGGCAGUGCAGAGGAGCUGAAUUCCCUGCCUGGGCCGAGCCUGACGGAGGAGCAGCAGGAGCGGAUGAAGAAGAACCGGCAGCUGGCCCUGGAGCGGAGGCAGGCGCGGCUGCAGGGCCUCAGCCAGUCCCAGCAGCAGGAGCUCCCCAGCAGUUACUCAGAAGAGGAGUUUGACAGCCCAGUUGCUCAGGAUCCCCCUGACCUUACUGAAGACACUCAGGUUCCUGCAGCCAAGGAUGCUCCCCCAGAAGAUGGAGAUGAUGAAUUGGGAUGUGCCAGGGAAGAGCAGUAGCUCCCCCACACCGUGAAUGCCUUUCUUGACCAAAAGACUCCCUGCUUUAAGUACUUUCAUUAUACUGAAAUGUUGCUGGCUCUUGGCACUCCAGAAGCUUCAGGGAAGUCUUUCUCAUGGCACCACUGAAGGACAGAACUCAUCCCUGGAAGCUGCAGGGGAGCAGCUCAGUACACCAGGAAACAGAACAAAGUUCUUCAGCUGCACUUGAACCAUCUUUUCCACCUCCCAAAACAAUUUCUAGGACAUGUUUAUGAGUUUUUGGACCUACUUUGAAUAUAGUUUAUAAUUUAUGUUAAACCAAGUGAACUGGGAUGUUGAUGGAUUAAGUUGCUAUUAAAGGUGUGUUUGGGGUUUUUUAACAGGCCUUUUAACAGG